CAGCUUUAUCCAUCACUUCAGAAUAAAUGCUUCGCGAACCCUUAUAACAGUAUGCAAACAACUCCUAAACAUCAAAAUUCGAAAGUAUUCGUCCUCCUCUGGUAUUUCUUACUAGGGAAAUAAGCGGGGAAAUAAUAACAACAGAACAUGUUGACCGACAUGAAGGCGGUGGUUUUGGAUGUGAGUUGACCUACGUCACAAUGCAGUUUUCUAUGAGAUCGUCCGAUUGAUCGUUCUCAUGAUGCGGGGGACCAGGAGUCUAAUAUGCAGCAAGGCCUUUGCUCUAGGCAUUCUCUGCGCCUAUUCCAGUGUGGCCGUUGUCUUGCUGAUCGCCAAAACGACAACAUAUUGCAAUGGCACGAGAAAUGUGCGAAUGCGCGAGACAGACGGAGGAGCUUCAGUAUUCUUGACCGUAUCAGAUGAUAUAAAUGCUGGCGGAGGUGAUGGCGGCGGUGGUGAUAGCACAGUAUUGGCAACCUCUAAGAUGAAAAGUGAACUUUUGUUUGCCGACGACAUCGAGGAAGUGAACUCAUUGGAAGAGAUCGAGGACAUCGCCAACAGGUCAGAGUAUUCACCAGAACACUCUUGGUCAGAGAACAAUGCCCAGGGCAACAAUUUAAUGAGAGAAGUGCCACUGGAUGAAGUCGACCUUUCCAAACAAACAGACUUUGCAGAGGCGAUGCCAUUGGCUGCGACCACGAAAACGAAAACUAAUUUGACAAAUAUCCAAGGAGAAAUUGAUCCGUCGAAUUUAGAAGUGAUGGGAAACAAGGGAAACGCAAGCACAGUAUCAUUGCACACACCGGUGAUGGUGGAUACGACAGUGAUGACAACACCUAUUGUCGCAGCUCAGACCCCUGAGAAAGAUGGGGCAACAAAGGCACCAGUUCUUGUGGUGGACGAUUCAGUGGUAGAACCCACCCUUCCAUUAGGAAUGCGAACAAAACAGCCGGUGACACUAGAAAUGCCUUAUGGUUCUAAUACAAGAUGCUCGAAGAAGUCUCAACACGGAUUAGACUGCAAAAGACGAGUCCCCAAGGUCAUUGGUAUUGGGAUGGAACGGUGUGGAACAACUGCCCUCUCGUUUUUUCUUCGGAUGCAUCCUGAUAUCAUCCACGCCAAGCCAAAGGACGUCUAUUACUGGAACCAUCACCCUGAUCGCAGUUUAGACUGGUACCGUACCCGCAUGCCGAUAUCUUCCAAAUACCAGAUCACCAUGGAGUACACCCCUUCGUACAUCCUUAGUAACGAGGUACCGCACUUGAUCAAGGAGGUGGUACCGGAUAUGAAGUUCAUCGUCAUGAUCCGGGACCCGAUUGAGCGCGCCAUGUCACAUUAUCUGUACAUGAGACACACCAAACGUCCAGAAUAUCUCACUUAUAUAGCGCCGCAGCCUGGUGCCCCCGCCAAGGCUUUCCAAGGCACUUCGUUUGAGGCAACAGUCCUCACCAAAACCGGAGAUAUCUUCAAGGACAAUGCAGUCAUCGAGAACGCCCUCUACGAAAGCCAUCUCAGACGAUGGUUUGAUAUCUUCCCAAGAAAGCAGUUUCUCAUUAUCGACGAGGGUCUAUUCAGCAAGGACCCCGUUUCCAUUCUACAACAGGUGGAAGACUUCAUCGGCGUUUCGAAAUUUUUCACCAAUUAUCAUGUUUAUUUCGACCGUGAUCGGGGUGUAUUCUGUCGAAGAGUUCCAACGAAAUAUUGCUCUAAAAGAUCGAUAAAGAAUGUACACCCUCCUAUUCCGCAGUAUGUCAUCAAGAAGCUCAGAGAAUUCUAUCGUCCUUAUAAUAUCCGGCUAGAAAAAUUAUUAAAUCGGACGUUCCCCUGGACAUAACCCAUGCCGUCCAUGCCGAACACUUGAAGAUUCAAACAAUAAUUUUUGUAUGCGACAAAUUUUCAUCUUGAUUCACCAUAAAUUCUUAAUUUUUGACUCACUUUGAUUUCAAAAGUGGCGUCGGAUAGUCAUACGCAUUUCUGUUAUGUCAGUUGAUUUCAUUAACACCCAAACACACAAUCUUUUGACAUAUUUCUAAAUGCCAUUGUCAAAAUUGUUUAGAAGCAAUUGUCCUUGCUAAGUUAAUUAUACGCUUUAUAGAGAACAUGUACUAAUUUAAUGUGUUUUGGAAAUAAAAAAAGGAAUACUCUGCAAUUAUCGUGAUCAUGAAAUCUUUCGAAAUACCAUUGACCUUAUAAUAUAAGUAAAAAAAAUGUACACGAAGACAAAGAGGGAGAGGAAGAAGAAGAAAGAGAAGAAGAAGAAGAGGAGGAG